GAGGUCACGACCGCCCGCCUGGCCGAGGGCUUCAACAUGUUCAAGUUCGACGGCAUGGGCGGCGGGCUGGGGCAGAGCGGCGCGGGCGAGUUCGUAGCGGAUUUCGAGGCGAUGCUGCUGCUGAUCACCCGGCUCCGGCGGCGCUCCGAGGCCCUGGCGGAGCGGGAGGACGCGGGGCCCGGCGGCCGCGGGGGCAGAAGAAGAAGCGGCGCCUCUGGAUCAACCUGA